UCCUUCGUACUGAUUGGUAGGAUGUCUCGCAAAUGGCGGAACCGGGCGUCCAAUGCUGCAUUUAGCAAACAAUCGUUUCUAUGUUUGCAUUCGGAAGUCUUUAAAUAUAUAGUGUCGUCAUUUUAGUAAGUCUUAAUUUGUAUUCUUUUGAUGUUGGUUUUGCUACCCAAACAGGAAUCAUAUAUAAUGUUUUUGUGUGGAAAAUAGUAUUUUGACAACAGUGUCCUGGUUAGCAUCUUUGUUGGAAGUUUAGGCCUCGAACGGCUGUUUAAUGGUUUUUAACAAUAGCCCUGAAACAAUUUUGCAUGUAUUGGAAUAUUUUUUUUCCAAACAGAGUGAAACACAACAGCAUGGGAGUUAAUAACCUUCCGAUGACUUGCAACUAUUGAAACGUGUUUUGUUAUAUCGCUGUAAUUGAAGAAAACAUUUUCCGUGCGGCAUCAUUAAAUUUGAGGAUCACAAAGGAAGGAUGUCCUACGGCGCAGCAGGAAGCGGUGGGAUUUCUCCUUGGAUGGAGGGAGCAAAUGGAAGGGGUGUAGAUGAGAAGAUGGAAGGGGUCAAGAAAGAUAAGAUAACCUCCAAGCUGUCUGUUGAGAGAGUUUACCAAAAGAAGACGCAGCUUGAACACAUUCUUCUUCGACCUGACACAUACGUUGGCUCCGUUGAGCCCCUCACGCAGCUAAUGUGGGUUUUUGAUGAAGAGGUUGGAAUGAACCAGAGGGAAAUUACCUUUGUACCUGGACUAUAUAAAAUUUUUGAUGAGAUUCUUGUCAAUGCAGCAGAUAACAAACAGAGGGAUAAAAACAUGAGUGCCAUUAAGAUCAACAUUGACCCUGAGUCCAACACCAUCUCUAUCUGGAACAAUGGUAAAGGAAUACCAGUGGUGGAGCACAAGGAUGAGAAAAUGUAUGUCCCAGCUCUUAUUUUUGGUCACCUGCUCACCUCCAGCAACUAUGAUGAUGAUGAAAAGAAGGUCACAGGUGGGAGAAAUGGCUACGGUGCCAAACUUUGCAAUAUUUUCAGUACCAAAUUCACUGUGGAAACUGCCUGCAAGGAGUACAGACACAGUUUCAAGCAGACUUGGCAGAACAACAUGAGCAAGACUUCAGAGGCCAAGAUCAAGUUCUUCGAUGGAGAGGAUUUCACUUGUGUGACUUUCCAGCCAGACCUAUCCAAGUUUAAAAUGGAGAAACUGGAUACGGAUACAGUAGCUCUUCUAACACGCAGAGCAUAUGAUGUUGCCGGUUCCUGCAAAGGUGUCAAAGUCACUCUGAACGGGAAAAAAAUACCUGUUAAUGGCUUCCGCAGCUAUGUGGAUCUUUAUGUGAAAGACAAAUUGGAUGAGACAGGUGUAGCCCUGAAAGUGGUGCAUGAGACUGUAAAUGAACGAUGGGAAGUGUGUCUCACAAUGAGUGAGAAAGGAUUCCAACAAAACAGCUUUGUCAACAGCAUCGCCACGACCAAGGGUGGUAGGCACGUCGACUAUGUGGUUGAUCAAGUAGUGUCCAAACUUAUUGAAGUAGUGAAGAAAAAAAACAAGGCAGGAGUGUCUGUCAAACCUUUCCAGGUUAAAAACCACCUUUGGGUUUUUGUGAAUGCACUAAUUGAGAAUCCAAGCUUCGACUCCCAGACAAAGGAAAACAUGACCCUCCAGACAAAAAGCUUUGGUUCCAAAUGUCUUCUGUCUGACAAGUUUAUCAAGGGUGCAAUCAAUUGUGGGAUUGUCGAGAGUAUACUCAACUGGGUGAAGUUCAAAGCUCAGACACAGCUGAAUAAAAAGUGCUCAUCUGUGAAGCACAGCAAGAUUAAAGGCAUCCCCAAACUGGACGAUGCCAAUGAUGCUGGCGGGAAACACUCCUCAGAAUGCACUCUUAUCCUCACUGAGGGCGAUUCAGCAAAAUCUCUUGCUGUUUCUGGACUCGGAGUCAUCGGUCGUGAUCGCUAUGGUGUAUUUCCACUGAGAGGAAAGAUCCUAAAUGUCCGUGAAGCAACGCACAAACAGAUAAUGGAAAACGCUGAAAUCAAUAACAUCAUCAAAAUUGUUGGACUACAAUACAAGAAGAGUUAUGAAGACCCAGAGUCCCUGAGGAGUCUGCGCUAUGGCAAGAUCAUGAUCAUGACAGACCAGGAUCAAGAUGGGUCCCAUAUAAAAGGUCUACUCAUCAACUUCUUUCAUCACAACUGGCCAUCCUUGUUGAAACACACAUUCCUGGAGGAAUUUAUCACACCUAUUGUCAAAGUUACGAAGAAUAAGCAAGAACUGGCCUUUUACAGCAUUCCAGAGUUUAACGAGUGGAAGAAACGUACAGAAAACUAUAAAACCUGGCAUGUAAAGUACUACAAAGGUUUGGGUACAAGUACAAGCAAAGAGGCAAAAGAAUAUUUUGCUGAAAUGGAGAAGCAUCGCAUCACAUUUCGAUACAAUGGUGCUGAGGAUGAUGCGGCCAUCACUUUGGCCUUCAGUAAGAAGAAAACUGAUGACAGGAAGGAGUGGCUCACCAACUUCAUGGAGGACAGACGGCAAAGACGAAUUCAUGGUCUCCCUGAGCAAUACCUGUAUGGAACGCAAGCCAGACAUCUGUCCUACAACGACUUUAUCAACAAGGAGUUGAUUCUGUUCUCCAACUCUGAUAAUGAGAGAUCCAUUCCUUCAUUGGUUGAUGGCUUAAAGCCUGGCCAAAGAAAAGUGCUUUUCACUUGCUUGAAGAGGAAUGACAAGAGGGAGGUAAAAGUUGCACAGCUGGCAGGUUCAGUGGCAGAGAUGUCUGCUUAUCAUCACGGAGAGCAAGCGCUCAUGAUGACCAUUGUCAACUUGGCUCAAAACUUUGUGGGCAGUAACAACGUCAACAUCCUGCAGCCCCUUGGCCAGUUUGGCACUCGUAUCAAUGGAGGCAAAGAUGCUGCCAGCCCUCGUUAUAUCUUCACUAUGCUUAGUCCUCUCGCCAAGCUGUUGUUUCCAGCGGUGGACUCCAACCUGCUAAAGUUCCUUUAUGAUGACAACCAGAAGGUGGAGCCAGAGUGGUACAUUCCCAUCAUUCCAAUGGUGCUUAUAAACGGUGCAGAGGGCAUUGGAACCGGUUGGGCAUGCAAGAUCCCCAACUACGACCCCCGAGAGAUCGUCAACAACAUCAGCCGGCUGCUAAACCACGAAGACCCACUGCCAAUGCUUCCCAGGUAUAAAAACUUCAAAGGGGUGAUCCACGAACUGGGUCCGAACCAGUACCUGGUUAGUGGAGAGGUGUCAGUCCUUGACAAAAACACCAUUGAGAUCACAGAACUUCCCGUACGAACAUGGACACAGACUUAUAAGGAAUCUGUGCUGGAGCCGAUGCUGCAGGGGACCGAAAAAACACCAUCACUCAUCAGCGAUUACAAGGAGUACCACACAGAUUCGACUGUGAAGUUUGUGGUUCGCAUGUCUGAUGAGAAACUAGCGCAGGCUGAGGCAGCUGGCCUCCACAAAGUCUUCAAGCUUCAGUCCAGCCUCACCUGCAACUCAAUGGUUCUUUUUGACCACAUGGGUUGUCUAAAGCGAUAUGAUUCUGUCCAAGACAUUCUAAGAGAUUUCUUUGAGCUGCGCCUACACUACUACAAACUUCGAAAAGACUGGUUGAUUGGUAGCCUUGGAGCUGAAGCGACUAAACUGUCCAAUCAAGCUCGUUUUGUUUUGGAGAAGAUCGAAGGAAAAAUUUCAAUUGAGAACAAAUCCAAGCGCGAGCUAAUCCGCAUGUUGGUCCAGAAAGGCUAUGAGUCUGAUCCUGUAGCUGCCUGGAACAAGGCUCAAGAAAAGGCUCAAGAAGAAGACGAUCACGAUGGAAAUGAGAGUGACAGCUCGUUGCACUCUGGUACGUCAUCAGGCCCAAAUUUUAAUUACAUUCUCAACAUGUCUCUAUGGUGCUUGACGAAAGAGAAAGUGGAGGAACUCCUGAAACAACGAGACCAGAAGACGGGAGAGCUACAGAAUCUCAUGGAGAAAUCCCCAGAGGAUCUCUGGAAGGAGGACUUGGCAGUUUUCAUAGAAGAAUUAGAUAAUUUUGAGGCACUUGAGCGAGAAGAUCAAAAUAUCGGGAAAGUCAUCAAACUUGUGAAAGGCAAAGUUGGUAAACCCAAAGCAAAGAAGCUGAAUCUCGAGGAGACUAUGCCCUCACCAUUUGGCCGCAGGGUGGAUCCUCCAUCUCUGCUGCUGAAAUCGGAUGCAACCAAGAAACUGACCAAAAAGCGGAAGAUUGACUCUGACCCAGUUCUGAAGUUGGAAGGUGGUGAUGAUCUUUUGGGCCAAGAUGCCACAACAGGUGAAAGCCCUGUCGUCAAACCAAAGACUCCACGUGUAAAGAAGGACAAAAAAGAACCAGGAGUUCCCAGAUUGAGAAAAACACCAGGACCCAAAGGAAGUCCUGUAAAGAAGGUGAAAAAACGAAAUCCCUGGUCGGAAGAUGAUUCUAAUUCAGACAGUGAUCUGGGGAAUAGUCAGCCUGUCAUCCCCAGGGAGACCAAGUCUCAGAGGGCAUCAGCAUCCAAGCCAAAAUACACAUUCGAUUUCUCGGAAGAGGAAGAUGAGGGCGAGAAUGCAAGUGAUAACGACAUUGUUUCCACUGAAGUGGACACGGAGGUGAAAGAUCAGGUGAAUGAAUCUGAAAUGAAGGAGCACGACAGUGACCGUGAUGAAGAUGACUUUGAUGAUGACAAAGACUCGGACUCUGCCAGCAACCAGAAGACCAUAUCUCGGCCUGUGGCUAAAAAGAAAGAGACAGCCACAAUUUUCUCCUCUAAAUCGGUCUUCUCAGACAAGAGCAACGACAGUGAGGGGUCGAAAGCAGACAGUGAUGACGACAAUGGAGAUCUUUCCACCUUUUCAAGCAGCUCUGCGUUUGACAGCCAAUCACUAGCCCAAAAAGUGUCUAAGAAGCCAUCCGCUGCAGUUCCAAAACCUCGGAAGACACCCACACCAAAAACAAAGAAACCCGAUAAAUCACUGUGGGACUCUGACUCCGACACAGGGUCCAAGAAAGUGGCUCUUAAAAGUUCAGGUAAAGGCCGAGGAAGAAAGAAAACGGCAUCUGGCUCUGAGGAUGACAAUUAUAAUCCAGCGAAGAAAAUGUCAAAACUGGUAGGCAGGAAGUUUCACAAUCCUCCAUCCAAUGACGAGAACGACAGCAACAGUCAGGGUGCCAUGAACACGCCAUUCCGGCCGGGCCGUGCCAAGAAGGACGUCAAAUAUUUUGCCGAGUCUGACAACGACCAUGACGACAUGUUUGACUAAAUCCACUUUUGACAAUGAUCGCGCCCCUUGUAUGGAAUUCUUUUACUUCACACAGAAUUUGUACAUCUACUCUUUACAUUUUAUUUUGUUCAUACGGUAUUGUUUUUUUUUUUUUUUUGUUUUUUAACAUGUAAUGUUUACAAAUGUCUUUGUUAUGUUAAUUGAAAGGGUCUGUAUUUGUCUAAGGCAGCUUUUAGAAGUUUAGAAAAGCUUUUAAUUGUUAAAGGAUAAUGUAACUUUUUGAACAUGUUAAGAGUAAACAAGAAAUGUGUCACCUUU